UUUUAAUACUAACUUAAUUUAAUAUUAAAACGAAAACAAGAAAAUGACCACCUAUAUAGGUUACCACCUAUAACUAGCACGUCCAAAAUUUGAAUUUAUUCAACUCUGUGGUAUCUGUGGUAACGUCUCGGUAGACACGACCAAAAUGUAUUUAUCAAGAUAACAUGAGCCAAUUAGAAAAGAGUAUUUCACAUGAAACGAAACGACGCGGUGAGUUGAGGACUCAGCUAUAUACCAUAUAGUAAAAGAUCUAAAUAAUUAGUAAUAAUAUUAAUGUCAUAGGAAUCUAAUACCAUGAUAGGAAUCAUAUCUUAUCUAUGUAGAAUUCAAGCAAUUACCUUCUCUUUAUCUUUUCCUGAUUCACGAAUAUAAUAAUUCUGUAUUAUUAGAUAAUAGAAUGCAAUAAUUUAAGUUUUAAAUGUUUUAACUUUGAAGUUUAAACUUUUCAAGUGAUUCAAGAUAAUUGCAAACAAAAAUAUAUGGUACACGAACAAUUCACUAGUUUUUCAAGUAGGAACAUAUGGUAAAUCAAAAUAAAAUAAUUCUAAUUUAUAGAAAAAAUAAUCACACAAUGUCAUUAUAAAAUAGUAAACACAGUAAGUACCUACUAAAGUAAAUUUUAUAAAAUUAAUUUUAAGAUUAUUUUAAUUAUUUUAAUUAUUAGAAUGAAAUAAUCAAAUGGUUUUAUAUGCAGUCUGAAUUUAAUGAUUAUGAGUUAUUAUAUUUAUUUAAUAUAAUAUAGUGCAAUUAUCAAUGGAAGUCUUUGAAGAAAAUAGAAAAGUGUUGUUGCGCACCAACAACCGUUUAAACGACAUAAAAUCAAUUGCUGUUGAAACUGAAGAAAUUGGUACAGCAAUUGUUCAAGAACUAGGAGAACAAAGACAUACACUGUCUGGUGCCCGGGAUCGUUUAGAAGACAUUGACAAUACCAGACUCUCUUCACACCGCUACGUGUCUGCCAUAAACAGACACGUACUUCAAGAUAGAAUUCUUCUUAUACUUAUAAUUGUGAUUGAGGUGUGUACUCUUAUUGGUCUUGUUUACGUGAAAUAUAUAGAAAAAUAAUCAAUAUUAUACCAAAACUAAAUUUGAAUUAUUUAUUUUAUUUUUACCAAAUAAUCCUUGUCAUUAUAUUUUAUGUUAAUAUACAUUAAUAGUAAGGGUACUGAUCAGUAAAUAAGAUUUUAUUGUUUUAUGAAAUUAAGAUGUAUUUAAAUUGUAUACCAUUAAAACUAAAAUAGUUAAUUUUUGUUUAAAUAUAUUGUAUAUAAUAAAUCAUGAAAAUUAAUUUUUAAAUUUUACAUAAUUUUAUACUAUCAUAAUUUAUUGUUUAGUAAAAUUAUAAGUCAACUGAGCAUCAUCUGCGAUUUGUAUUAAUUGACUGUCAGAUAAAUUAUCAACAACACGAUUAGCAUACUCGAAACAUAUUUCAUCUGGUAAUUUGGUACCAUUUGAUCGAUAUUGCUCACAGUCUGGAUCAUAACACUUUUGAUACCAAUACAUUUCAUUCAAAUCGACUAUGUAUUUAACAUUAUUAUUUUUGUGUUGUCGUUUUACAUUUCCACAAUAACGGUUCUUUACAAUACUAUAAACUAUUUUGUUUACUGAUGGAAAGUAAUGGUUUCUAAAAAUUUUCCCUGGGAACACAAGAUUGGAUAUAUAUUUAUCAAUGCGUGGAAAAGGUGAACUUGCAUAAGAUGAUUGACAUUCAUCACUUUUAUUUUUUGUUCCACAAUGUAUCUGCUCACCUAGUGAAUUAACACCAAUUUCAUUUGUCAUUGUGUUAGUGAAGUUCAAUAAUACUUUACCAUCACAACCAAAUGUUAUUAAAGAUUUUAAAAAUAUUUGUUUGUCAAAGCAAUCUUCACAGUGUGGUAUUUCUGGCGGUUUAUAUUUAUUACUUUUGCUCAGUACUAAAGGUAUAUUUUUUUUAAAUUUUGAUGAAUUAAAUAAUCUAAAGUGUCUGUUUCUAGAAUAUACACUUUCAUCACAAAACAAACCUUUGUCAAUUUUUAAACUUAGAAGAUCUUUUGUAGUUAACCCAUUAUAAAAACAACCAUUAUCUUCUGAAUUGUGAUCUUCAGAUAAAAAUUUAUUGAUUUCAGAACAUAUAAAUUUAACAAAACUACCAGCUUGAAGAUUAUUAGAGAAAACCAAAGAUUGGAAUAUUAAGUGAUGGCUAAACUUUUCUGCUGUUGAUGAAUCUAAAUCGAGAACAUCUUCUUCAUUGCACACAACAUCAAAUUUUUGUUUUACAAAUAUUAUUAUAGUUUUCACAAAAGUUUCUAUCAUUUUAUUACCAUCUGAAUCUGGAUUAUUCUUUCGAUUAAAUUCUAAAUCAAAAUAUAACUUGCAUGGAUUACCUUCUGCUAUAAUCUCAUACGUGUGUCUUUCGUUCUGUGGUUUACGUGAAUCAUAGUACCAAAAUGUUUCAGGGUGUGCUACCAUAAAAUAUCGUUGACCAUUGCUUUGUUCAUAUGUAAAUGACAUACAACCAGAUGAUUUGGUUUUUGCAUAGUCUAAUGCUUCUUGCUGUCUAGGAAAAUUUUUCCAUCCAAUUGGAGGUCCCAGUAAUCGUUUAACAUUAGUUAAAUGACAUGGUUCGCGUCUUAGUUUUUUGCAGGAAGUUGAUGACGAUGGUACUAAAUGGAAAGAACUACGUUUUUUAGAUGAACCAUAAAAAUUUUUAGUUGAUAAGCCUGACAUUACUAUUUCAAGAAUUCUAUGUAUAUAUACAUAUAUAUAGGUAUAUAAUCAUAAAGCAUUAAUUAUCAAAUCUAACACAUCAGAACAAUACACAAUUUUAAGUACUAAGUACAAAUAUUAUAAUAUCAUGACACAACUAUUAUAUUAAAAACUCAAUUUAUUAUAAAUUCAAAACUCUAAACAGAAAAGAAAUACCAUGACCAAAAAAAUUUGUAUUACUUAUAAAUAAAAAU